AUGCUCACUGGAUAUGAAAAUAACUACGGGAGUGACUGGACUCGCCAGCGCACCUUAGAUAAUGGGACGGAUAUCGACAUGGCCACCGAACUGGGUACCACCUUGUCUAGAUCAACAACGGCACCCGCGCCUGCACUUCAACGCUUAUCAUUUGCUCGCCAUCCUUCUGUGAUUGGUUCCUCACUUAGCCCAGCUCCUUUGCUUGAGAAGAUUGCUCGACCAGCCAACCAGAACAUGGGAGAUGGCAUCGUAUUCGGCACCAUGGCUCAAAACAACUCAUCCCCGAGGGAUUCUUCUUCGUGCGAUCAAUCGCCCAGAGACAUCCAAGCGGUACUGGAUGGCUUGACAUCGAAGCCACUGGGACUCACAGACUUCAAACGAUUCCUGAACGAGAUUCGUCGAGGCGCAUAUUCAGAAGAAUGCAACUGUUGGAUCAGUUACGCUCCACUCCUGGUAGAUUUUCUGUUGGAUUUUAAGCGCUAUGCCGACGGUUUUGCGCGGUUGUCUCUACGUGAACAAUCUCAAUGUCCUCACCCGUUCGAAAUCAUUUGCCAUUUGAACUCCCAAAAUCCCGAAGCUCCGAAGGAUUCCAGUGACAUCGACUUUAGUGAUUUGAGGCAAGAUGUCGGUUUCUCACAGUUUGAAAAAGCAGCCCGUGAGCUAUCGGAGAGAAUGCCUGCAGACUUUGACGCCAACCCGAGCCAUGAGCACCCUGAUAAUCGUACCCCUACAAUGGAACCGGAAAACCCAAACCGGCCUCAUCGAAAAGUCAAUUGGGCACCCUCAUCUGCGAGGUGUUGCGCCCGACCAUCAACCCAUGAGAGAUUCCUUCAACGCUCUUGUAAUAAAAUAUUUGGGAAGCUCGACCUCGCUGAAGCAACAGGAUGGACUACUCUCAAGCUACGAAAUCAUCAACUUUGA